GCUCCGCCUCGUUGGUUCGGCCCGCGCCGGGGGGCGGGGCCGGGGCGCCCGCGGGAAAUUUGGCGGGAACUGCGCCCGCCUCUUCCUCUCUUGUUUCUUCCUUGCCUUCCCCACUCUCGCCGCGCGCUCCGCCGCCAUGGAGCAGCGCCGCGUCACCGACUUCUUCGCGCGCCGCCGCCCCGGGCCCCGAAUCGCGCCGCCGAAGCCGGACUGCCGCACCCCCAGCCCCGCACCCCGCGCCCUGGACCCCGCCACCAGCGGCAGCCGCAAGCGCGCCCGCCCCUCCGCCGUCCCCGGACGCGACCAGGCCAGGCCGCCGGCGCGCAGGAGGCUGCGGCUGUCGGCGGACGCGGUUUCCAGCCCCAGUUCCCCAGGGAGCCCCAGGGAAGCUCCUGACUCUCCCGAGGCCCCUGGGUCCCCAGCCGGUCCAUCUCUGUGCCAGAAGAUAACGACAUCCGCCCCGGCAGCAGGUCGGCCGGGCCAGGACACCAUCUCUGAGCUCCGAUCGUGCCUGCAACGGGCCCGGCAGCUGGGGGCAAGGGUCCGGGCGCUGAAGGCCAGUGCCCAUGAAGCUGGGGAGUCCCGCACCCCGGAGGCCGAGGGCCGCCCUGAGGAGCCAUGUGGCGAGAAGGCGCCGGCCUACCAGCGCUUCCAUGCCCUGGCCCAGCCCGGCCCACCGGGGCUGGUGCUGCCCUAUAAGUACCAGGUGCUGGCGGAGAUGUUCCGCAGCAUGGACACCAUCGUGGGCAUGCUCCACAACCGCUCCGAGACGCCCACCUUCGCCAAGGUCCAGCGGGGCGUCCAGGACAUGAUACGCAGGGGCUUUGAGGAGCGCAACCUCGGCCAGAUCAAAACUGUGUACCCAGCCUCCUACCACUUCCGCCAGGAGCGCGGCGUCCCCACCUUCAAGGAUGGCGUGAAGAGGUCGGAUUACCAGCUCACCAUCGAGCCACUGCUGGAGCAGGAGGGCAGUGGAGAAGCCCCCAAGCUCACGGCCUCGCGCCUCCUGCAGCGGCGACAGGUCUUCAGCCAGAAGCUGGUGGAGCUUGUCAGGCAGCACCACAGGUCCUUCUUGGCUUCCCUGAACCCCCCCAUGGUGGUGCCCGAGGACCAGCUGACGCGAUGGCACCCACGCUUCAACGUGGAUGAGGUGCCUGACAUCGAGCCGGCCGUGCUGCCCCAGCCGCCCGCCAUGGAGAAAGUCAGCACCGCGCAGGAGGUCCUGGCCCGGGCCUGCAGCCUGAUGUCACCAAGGAUGGAGAAGGCCUUGCGUCAGCUGGCCCAGCGCUCUGCUGAGCCCAGAAGCCCCUGCUCCCCCAGCCCGGUGUCCCCCAAGCCAGCACUGCCGGCCACCCCACCAGCCACCCCACCUGCUGCCUCUCCCAGCGCCCUGAAGGGGGUGUCCCAGGACCUGCUGGAGCGGGUCCGAGCCAAGGAGGCACAGAAGCAGCUGGCGCAGAUGAUGCGGCGCCCGGAGCAGGAGCAGCGGCUGCAGCGCCUGGAGCGGCUGCCCGAGCUGGCCCGCGUGCUGCGCAGCGUCUUCGUGUCUGAGCGCAAGCCUGCGCUCAGCAUGGAGGUUGCCUGCGCCAGGAUGGUGGGCAGCUGUCGCACUGCCAUGAACCCCGGGGAGAUGGAGAAGCACCUGCUGCUCCUUGCGGAGCUCCUGCCGGACUGGCUCAGCCUCCACCGCAUCCGCACCGACACCUACGUCAAGCUGGACAAGGCCGUGGACCUGGCCAGCAUCACUGCUCGCCUAGUCCGCCAGGCCCGGGCCGAGGAGGGGCUGUGAGCCCCGUGGCCACUGGACAGACACGGGCUUCAGGCUUGCUGGCCUGGGCCACCAGCAUUGUCCUUUAUGAGGAGGAGGCACUUUGCUCUUUCCCAAGUGCCCAGGGCUCCCCUAGCUGUGGGUGGCGGCCACUCAUAGGGGUCAUGUCAUGUAUCCACAUUAAAUGGGUUUCUGUGA